GCAACAGGCUCUGCUGUAUAAAAACAAGACCAAACAGAGAGAGAGAGAGAGAAAAAAAUGGAGUUCGAGCAGAUGAGCUUCUGCUCGCCGGAAUCUGACGACCUGGUGGACGAUCUCCAUCCGUUAUCCGGCAUUCCUCCCGCGAUAUUCUCUCCGGCGGAGAUCCAGUACGGAUCGAUGCUGGAAUCGAUGGAGAUGGAGCUUAUGCUGCCAGAUGUGAUGGGAGGAGAGAGCUCGGUCGGAGAAGAGAUAGGAAGGGCAGUGGGAGUAAAUAAUGAGGAAGACGAGGGCAUUUUGGGAAACGGAGGCUGCAAGAAUCUUCUCUCGGAAAGGAAUCGUCGGAAGCGGUUGAAUCAGCAGCUUCUGUCGCUGAGAUCUCUGGUGCCUUGGAUGUCUAAGAUGGACAAACGAUCAGUCCUGAUCGAUGCAACCGCGUAUUUACGAAGCCUCCAUGAAGAGAUGGACCAGAUCAAACGAGAAUUAUCAGCCCAAGAAGCUUCUGAAAGCUCUACUAUCACGAGCUCCGAAUCCCCUCUGCCGUCUCCGGAUGAAAUCCAACAACCCCACCAAUCCUCCUCAACCCACCAUCAGAUUAUCCAAAUAGAGGCUGAGGAAUUGGGUGAUCGGACGUAUACUGUUAAGGUGGUUUUCAAGAAGACCCCAGGAGCAGUGGGCCAGGUGCAUCGCAUGUUGGAGUCUUUGGGGCACGAUAUUUCCCAAUCAUGGACGCAUAUAAUCGACGAGCAUCAGAUGGUCACCACAUCUUUUCUCAGAGUAAAGAAGCAAGCAAACCUCACGCCAGAUGCGCUCAAGGCGCACAUUAGCAAAGCUGCAUUCAAGCUUGGCAUUGAAGUUGAGGGUGAUGAUUACCACUCCCCCAAUGGCUAAUUAAACUGUGUAACCUUUCACAAGAUGCGAAGUAUUCUUUCUCCCUGACCCUUCAACCAUGGCGCACGUUAGCAAAGUGACCUUCAUGACCUGGAUGAUUAAAUCCAAGUACGUACCAAAGAGUCAAUACUGUUAUCUAAUGUGAACGCUAUGCGUGUUGACCUUACUCCAUUCCCUUUUGUGGGUUCCUGCACUUUUUAA